AUGCGGCUCUCCGCUCUCUCGCUGGCUCUCCUCGCUCUGCCAGCGACGGCAACGAGUAACUGCUCAGACGCCCAUAGCAAGCUUACUGUGCGGACAUCGACGGGCACCUUCACUGGUCUUAUCGACUCCGAAUAUCCCAAUACACGACAAUGGCGAGCAAUACCAUUUGCAGAGCCUCCUGUCGCAUCCCGCCGCUGGCUUCGUCCGCAGAAACUCCCCCCAUCGCCAAGCAUACAUCGCUACUCCACAAAGUUCCCGCCAUCCUGUCCGCAAUUCGUGACCGCAGUGGAGUCAAUGUGGAACCUGCCCCUGACCAAAGGUAACUUGAUAUACAAUGGCGCCCAGAACGAUACAUCCGGGCUCGUCGGCGAGGCAACGUCCGAAGAUUGCCUAUAUCUCGCAGUAUGGGCACCGACAAAGGCGCCACCUAAGAACGGCUUUCCAGUCCAAUUCUUCAUGACCGGAGGCGGCUUCGUAAUAGGCGGCAUCGAGCUCCCAUGGCAGAUCCCAACGACGUGGGCCGAGCGGUCUCAGUCUUCCAUCAUCGUCACCAUCAACUACCGCGUCAACAUCUUCGGCUUCCCCAACGCGCGUGGCCUAGCCAGCAAUGAUCAAAACCUCGGCAUCCUCGACCAACGCCUCGCUCUCGAAUGGAUCCGCGACAACAUCGCCGCGUUCGGAGGCAAUCCAACGCGCAUCAUGCACUGGGGCCGCUCGGCAGGUUCCAUCAGCGCCGACAUCCACGCCUAUGCCUACCACGCAGACCCAAUCGCGCAAUCCUACUAUCUCGAGUCCGGCACCGUUUCUUCCGGUCUGGCGGAGGACCCCACGCACUCAAACUUUAGCUUCGUAGCGCGACAUGUUGGCUGCGCAGCGCCCUGUGGCGCUGCAUGUGAGGACGAAGACGGUGCCGCAGAGCUGGACUGCAUGCGUCUGGUCUCGUCCGCUCAGAUCUCGAACUUCAUCGGCCGGUAUGGCGACCGGGCGGAGCAGCCUGCGCUCUCGUUUAGCGUUGUUCCCGAUGACCGGAUCGUGUUCCGCGACUACGAAGCGCGAGCCAAGGCAGGUAAGCUUGCACGUCGACCAAGCAUGAUAUCCUUCACAGCCAACGAGUUCUCCUCAUUGGCGCCGUGGCCAAAAGAUAAUCUGACCGAGGGCCCGUGGCAGGCUGCCGUCACAAGCAGAGAUAUUGCCGCGGUGUGUACGAUGUUAAACGCAACAACACGUCGGAACCAGCUUCCCGAUGCACCAGUCUUUCGAUUCCAAUACGCCGGCGUCUUUCCCAACUUGAAUGUGUAUGACUGGCUUGGCGCGUACCAUAAUAGCGAAACGCCAAUGGUGUUUGGCACAUACGGACUUCUGGACCAUGUAGCUAAUACCACAGACUUCCAGGUUGAAGUCAGCCAGUCGAUACAGGACCAUAUCAUGAGUUUCGUCAAGGACCCAUACAAUGGGCCCCAGAAAGCCUUUGGCUGGCGGCCUCAAGUUGUGAGUGAGCCGAAUGGCGGUGAUAUGCUGCGCUUUGGUGCCAAUGGCAAGGCUGUGCAGCAUAUCGAUGGUAUUGAGGUGGAUGGAGUGUGUGCGGGAGUACGUGAAUAUGAUCCAUUCCCGUGA